CUAUCAAAGUGUGGGUGCCAUACCAAAAUAUGCUCGAUUCAACUUUUCAAAGGAAAAAAUACUCUAGUGCACCACUGACUGCACAUAAUUGGCUGUUAGGUAGUUAGAAGUUCAACUUGUUGGUUCUGUGCUGCGGUGGUGGAAUGUUUUCGACAUUCUUUGGAAACGUUCUGGGGGAAAAUCUGAAAGAGCGACCAAGGCGUUCGCCUACCCCACUGUUCAGCUGCAUGUGACUGCGUCCGCCAUGGGUGCGUCCGUGGAGGACUUCAACACAGCCAAACAGAAGCUUUCAACGCUGAAGAAUGACCCCGGCAACGAGGUCAAGCUGAAGAUAUACGCCCUCUUCAAACAGGCUACUACAGGCCCAUGUAAUACCCCUAAGCCAGGCAUGCUGGACUUUGUCAACAAAGUCAAGUGGGAUGCAUGGAAGUCUUUGGGAUCCGUGUCACAGGAGGAGGCCAGACAGCAGUAUGUGGACCUGAUCUCCUCUCUGGUGGGGGCGGAGGCUCCGGCGGUCGGGGCUCAGCCCACAGCAGCGGAGUCCUCCUACCAGACUCUACAGGUGUCCACCGCAGACAACAUCACCACCAUCACCCUCAACAGGCCGCAGAAGAAGAACGCCAUCACCGUGGAGAUGUAUAAUGAAAUCAUCAAAGCUUUGGAACAAGCAGCUAAAGAUGACUCUGUCAUCACAGUUUUCACAGGUAGUGGGGAUUACUACUGCAGUGGAAACGAUCUGACUAACUUCACCAAGAUCCCCGAGGGGGGUAUGGAACAGAUGGCAAAGGACGCAGGGGAGCUGCUGAGGCAGUACGUGAAGGCCUACAUUGACUUCCCUAAGCCUCUGAUGGGAGUCAUCAAUGGACCAGCCGUGGGGGUGUCAGUCACUGUGCUCGGCCUAUUUGAUGUGGUCUAUGCCACGGAGAGGGCGACGUUCCACACCCCCUUCAGCCAGCUGGGCCAGAGCCCUGAGGGAUGCUCCUCAUACACCUUCCCCAAGAUGAUGGGCACCGCCAAGGCAAGUGAGAUGCUGCUCUUCAAUAAGAAGCUGACUGCUACUCAGGCCUGUGAGCUGGGCCUGGUGACCGAGGUCUUUCCUGACAGCACCUUUCAGACGGAGGUGUGGACCAGGCUCAAAGCCUACGCACAACUACCCAGGAAUUCUCUGGCCCUGUCCAAGCAGCUGAUCCGCUCGGCGGAGAGGCAGCAGCUGCAUGCGGUGAACGAUGCGGAGGUGGAGCGGCUGGUGGAGAGAUGGCUCUCGGACGAGUGCAUGCAGGCCAUCAUGAGCUUCUUCCAGGCCAAAUCCAAACUGUGAGAAGAGGAAGAGGAGGAGGAGGAGGCGGAGGAGGAGUUGGAGAGGAGGAGGAGGAGUGGAGAGGGGCCGGGCAUAUUCCAGACAGUGGAGUUAGGUGAUUUCUUCACCGGGGGCCUAUACGAAGAAGCUGGUUCAGGAGUAAACAAGGUUGAGUUAAGAAAAUGAGGAGUCCAGGCUCUUAUUAUUCGAUGAUUUACCUCUUAAAUUAGACUGGUUAUCUCCUGAACUGGCUUUUUGGUAUAGACCCCAGGGUGGGUUUGUGUGUUAGUUCUUUACUUGUUUUUCUGAGGUUUCCUGGAAUAUGCUCCAGGCAGUUGUGGCCGAGUUGUGAGGCGUGAGGGGUGAAUGAAUGUCCAGGGACUGUAUUCUAGACACAGAAGGGUGAGGGUGUCACUCGGGUUUGUGUAGUCACUGACCUGUUGUGUCGUGUUAAGUCGGGCUGUGUAAACUGGCCUCCUGGAAUACGCCCCAGGCCAAGCUGUGAGGGCAGAGGAGAGCUGAGGAGAGCUGAGGAGGGCCUGGGGCCUAUUGCAGAUAAAGCACUUCUGCACAAACACGCUCAGCCAUGAAUACACAUUACACACACCCCAAGCCAAGCAGAAUGGCCUGCGGUGUAUUACUACUAAAAGCUGGUUUGUAUAGUUGCCCCUGUAUGUUAACUCAAAACAAGUGGUAUACUUGCAGACAGCUGAGUCCCGCGGCUUCUUUCUUUCUUUCUUUCUUUCUUUCUUUCUUUCUUUCUUUCUUUCUUUCUUUCUUUCUUUCUUAGAAAGACUCUUCUUAGUCAGACUCUUCUUCAUGGCUCUGAUUUGACAUAUCUGGGUUAGAGAGGAAAUCAUCUCUGUGUGGAAUAUGCCCCCCUCCCCCCUUCCUCUCCCAAACCGCCUCCAUCUCCUGACAGGCCAUCCAGGGUGCUGCUGAUGUGAUUUUGCCUUAUCGUCUGUGUCUUGUAGAUCCCAGGAAGGAUCAUCACACUUGAUCUGAAAUGUCAAUUUUGGAAUAACGAGAUUAAAUUGUGGGGGGAUUUUUA